AAUACGCAAAGCAUGGAUCUCCUUGGCAAACUAGAAAUCUACAUCCCAGCGGAAGCUGAGGUGAAGAGCAUCCCUCUGUGGAGUUUACCAAAGUCGGUGCUCAGAAGAAUGGGCCUCCCCCUGUCUGGCUUCAAGGGCUCCAUGAAGCUCACAGACUCUCCAGAGGGCACAUGGAUUAGUCCAGCAGUCAUACGGAGGAAAGGCCAGAAACUGGCCUCCCACGCAGGAAACAACGAGACUGAAAACCUGCCCUCGCUGCUGGGCAGAGAGGUUCGGGGUAAUCCGGGUCCCGUCCAAAUGAGCUUCGUCACCGCCAACAACGUGGUGUACAAGGUGCUGAGGGACGCCAUGCCAGAAACAAAGUUCUCCACUGUCCCGUUACCCCGGGGCUCUGCACCGCGGACCUACAAAGAUGCCAUUAUCCUCUACAAUGGCUGCAUUUACCUGUCCAUUAGGAAUCCCAAUCAGAGCCGGAAUCAACCAUGUGAACAACGACCAGCUGCCCAGGCUUCCAUUCCUUCAACAUCAGACUUGCCGUCUAAAAGCCUCAAGAGGCGCCAAUCCCCCCAGGCUUCUGUUGAACCUGCAGAACUAAAGAGGAAGAAAUCGCAAGUCACUCUGCCCCAAACCUCCCAAAAACAGCUAAAGGAUCAGCUCACAAAACCAGAGAAUCACUCCACCACAGACCAGGAGCUGCUGAACGACAACAGGGCCAAGCAGAAACGCGCCACACCUAAAGUAACACACGGUGAAAACAAGAAGGUUAGCAUGAACAAAGGAGCUGAUGUAUCCUCAACCACGACCGCACAUCACGCCCCUCAGUCCGCUGGCGGCGCGCACAAAGCGGACGGCCGUCGUCAUAAGGAUGCUGAUGGAGAGCUGGCCGCAGAGGAAGCAGCAUGCACAGAGCCGGCGUGGUUUCAGUCUCAGAGGGAGCAGCAGCAGCAGGAGGUGGUUAACAACGACGGUGGGGAAUGUGAGGUGGUGACGGGUGAUGAAGAAGCUGAUUAUGUACACGUUGACGGCGGUGAACCUGACAACACGGUUGGUAUCGCUGAGCAAAGUGGCAACCAGAGCUGGAUCUCGAGAAAGUCUCAGGGAGCAGCUCGCGCCUCUUCGUCGUCACAGGAAGUUGACUAUUCGCAGCUGGAAAGGGAGGAGAAGAUCGCUCUUUGUAAGGCCAAACUGGAACAGACGCUCUCAUAACGGCUGAUCAGUCAGUAAUUAUUAGUGGUAUAACGGAUCAUAAAACUCAUGGUUCAGAUCGUAUCACGGAUCAGAUCACAGAUCAGAUCAGCACAAAGGAAAAAAGGAGCAAAAUGAACCGUUAGAGAUCCAUGAUCAUGUUUUUUUAAUUUUUGCCGCUAAUGCUAAUUAGUGAUCAUUGAUGAUCUAUAUUGGCAGAUACAGAUCCCUUUGUUGUUUAAAAAUAGCAGCUGGUCUACAAGGAUCCAGACUAUUUUUUUUUUUUGCCUCCGUCCAAAAUAUCAUUUGAACCACUCUGAAGUCAGUGAACCAUCAAAAAACUAAAUGUUAUCCUUUUAGUUUGUUAAAGUAAUGUAUAGUGUUUUUUCUUCAUAAAACACAAUUCAAAUGAUAAAGAAAUAAAAGAUUGUAUUGUUAUUGAUUAGAACUAAUCAUUAGUAAUUUUAAUGAUGUAUUAUAGUCUACUUAGAGCUAGUGUUAGGAAGUUAAACAGGUCAUAAUAUAUCUCUAAUAUUUUUUUAUGUUGUUAAAUGUUAUUAAUACUAAUUUUCACUAAGCAGAGCCUAAAUGCAUCAUAAUGUAACUGAACAGAACCUUCGUCCGUUAGCCGUUAGCAGUGCUGCUAACGUUACUAGCUCUCCUCCUGUCAGUUUAAACAUGGGUUGGCUGUUUACGAUGUAUCA